UGUCCUCUUCAUUCAGUAAAUUUGUAUAAUGACUUGACUAGACGGUUCCUUCCAUUCUUAGACAGACAGCAGACGAGACGAUCAGUGAAAGUGAUGCUAGCGCACGACUUACAUGGUUAGAAUGACCUUACGCUCAAGUUUUUGAAACUCGGGACGCGUGGGAAAAUCAUGGAUGAAGCUGUGGCAAGGUCGUUGGAAAACUACAUCAUCGUGGACAUCGGUGCCAAUUUAACCAACAAGAAGUUCUCCAAGGAUCUGGAGCAUGUGGUUGCACGCGCCAGAGAUGCGGGUGUGCAGAAGAUCAUGGUGACGGGGACGUCGGUGCAGGGCAGUAAAGAUGCUUUGCGGCUUGCGCGGCUCUACGCGGGUACUCUCUACUGUACGGCAGGCGUGCACCCGCACGAGGCCAAGAGCUGGACAGAGGAUUCUUACUCGACUCUCAAGGAGGUGGCCAACAGCGUGGAAUGCGUAGCUAUCGGCGAGUGCGGCCUGGACUUCAACCGCAACUUUUCAGAACCUGCUGUUCAGAUGGCUGUGUUCGAGAAACAGGUAGGUUUGGCGUGUGACGUGAAAAAGCCGCUGUUCCUGCACGAACGUGACGCCCAUGACGAGUUGGUGGGCGUGCUGAACAAGUUUGGGCACCGGCUACCGGCAGGUGUAGUGCACUGCUUCACGGGCUCUGUGGCCCAACUGGCCACCUACCUCGACAUGGGUUUCUACAUUGGACUCACAGGGUAUUUGUGGAAGGACAAGACGACCGAGGGGUUGCGCCACAUGCUAGAGACGGGCCUUCUGCCGUUGGAGCGGUUGUUGGUGGAGACGGACGCCCCGUUCAUGUUUCCCAACACUCGGGCAUCCAAGGUGCCCUCGCAUGUGCGGGACCGUCUCACGCCAAGGGCCCUCUCCUACCUCCAACGCUACUGCUCAUUUCAGCGCAACGAGCCGUGUUCCCUGCCGGCCACGGUGGAAAUGAUCGCCGCCUUCCUCAACAAGUCCCCGGAGGAUGUUGCUUUGGCCACCACGUUCAAUGCCCUUAAGCUUUUCGGACUCAGCACUUGA